CAGACCGAGUUUUUUAAAUAAUGUGGUAGCGAUAGGAAAUACAAACAUGCAAACUAAACAGGAAACUUUACUUCGCUGCACUUUUGAAGGUUGCAACAGCGUUUUUAACAGACCCUAUAGAUUGGCGCAACACUUGUUAGUUCAUAAUAAUAUCAAAGGUUUUCCAUGUCCUGAAAGUAACUGCGGCAAAGCUUAUACGAACAAAAGUCAUCUAGAUAGACACAUCAAUCAUACACAUAAAACCACUGAAAAUGAUAUGUUAUUCAGCUGCCCAAUAUGCUUAAAGAAGUACGCUAACAGACAGAACUUGAAGAGACAUAUAAACAUUACUCACAAAGUGAAGAUACCAUUUUCCUGUGACAUUUGCAAGUUGAAUUUUCUGAAGAAACAUCAGUUAACAUCACAUAUAUACCAGCAUACUGGAAUUAUGUCAUUCAGCUGUGACCUAUGUCACAAAGAGUUUGUGAGUCUCAAAGAAAAGAAGAAACAUGCUCGGAAUCAUAAGAUAUACAGGUGCUCGGAGUGUGAUGCCACAUUCGACCUGUGGUCUAAAUAUCAGAAGCACAUAAAGUUAGACCACAUGGGCAGAGCAUUUGUUUGUAAUGAGUGUGACAGACACUUUAAACUACGCAGUCACAUAGUGCGGCACAUUAAAACGCAUUCGAAAAUAAAAAACAGAACUUUUCCAUGCCCUUAUGACAACUGUGAACGGGUUUAUUCAAGAAACAGUAAUUUAAAACAACAUAUUUUAACGAAACAUGAGAGAAUAAGACAUCAAUGUAAAAUAUGUGAAGCAGAGUUGAGUACUAAGGCCAAAUUGGUCUUGCACUUGAAGCUACACAGUGAGCCGAAUAUUAAAACCAAGCCUUCAAAAACAAAACUGACUGGACGUAAAGAGAGAAAAGAUGCGGGUAGUAUGAAAAUCUCUACGGCUGUCAAGCUCGCUGGAGUCAACGAAGCAUUAGAACCAGAAAUAAUUGGUGUUAUUGUUUGAUUUUUAUUAUAAAUGCUUUAAAGUUAUAA